AUGAAUUCUGGCUGCAAACUAACAGAUUACGCAGGGUGUACCUGCAGCAGAGAGUGGAUCGACAGACCUAUAGGUAUAGGGAACGAUGCCGGCGUCAUUCUCAAAGCCGUAGCAGCAGCAGCAACAGCAACAGCGAUCAGAGGAGGAGAAGAAGAAAUAGAAGAAGAAGAAAUAGGAAUUAAGGUAAAUACUAAUUAA